AUGUGUAAAAUAGAAGAAUUAUCAAAUGAAAUAAUUUAUUGUAUAUUUGAUAAUAUUGAUUUUAAUUCAAUAAUUAAUUUUAAUUAUAUAUCUAGAAGAUUUUAUUAUUGUCAAAAUAAUUAUAAUUCAUAUAAAAUAAAUUUUGAAUUAAUAUUAAAAGAAUAUUUUGAUUUUAUUUCUCGUAUAAUUCAUCCAAAAAAUAUAAUAUCAUUAAAAUUAUUUGAUGAUGAUUAUACACUUGAACAAAUAAAAUCAUUUAUUAAAAAUUUUUAA